AUGGUUCCGCACGUUCCUAAUGCCCGAUCCGAAUCCUACGGCUCGACUCAAAAGCUGCUCUCACGCUCCUCAAUACCAUGCUCCCCCUCCUCAUCUGCUUUUGAGUCGACUCAAAAGCUGCUCUCACGCUCCUCGCUACCAUGCUCCCCCUCCUCAUCUGCUUUUGAGUCGACUCAAAAGCUGCUCUCACGCUCCUCACUACCAUGCUCCCCCUCCUCAUCUGCUUUUGAGUCGACUCAAAAGCUGCUCUCACGCUCCUCACUACCAUGCUCCCCCUCCUCAUAUGCCCCCCAGCACGCCAGUCCUCUUCCUCUGCUGCCCUCAACCUGCCCCACAAGCUCAAGCACUCCAAUCCUCUGUCUCUGCUGCCCUCUCAACCCGCCCCACAAGCGCCAACGCGCUCUCCUCACAGCCACCUCCUUGCUCCCUUUUGUCUUCUCCCCACCCCUCCUCCCUCUCUCUUCUCUCCCACCCUUUCCCCACACACAGGCACUCCAAUCCUCUGUCUCUGCUGCCCUCAACCCGCCCCACAAGCGUCAGCGCCCUCUCCUCACGGCCACCUCGCUACCCCACCCUGCCUCCCACACCUCUCGCUCCUUCACCUCUGCGGCUGCGGCUGCUGCAGCUGCAGCUGCUGCUGGCGGCGGUGCUGCGUCAGGUGGAUUCUCAGCUAGUGCCACAUCGGCCAUGGGGAGAGAUCCAGCUGCUGCAGUGCCCGGGGUAAAGAAGCGGCAUCUGCAGCAACAGCAGCCACAGUUUCACUUUCUCUCGUCCCACCCUCCCUCCUCCACCACCGUCCCCUCUGCUGCCUCCAACCCUCAUUUCUUCUUCAGCAGCAAGAGCCUACGCACCUCGCCCUCCCACUCCUACACCUCUGCUGCUGUUCCCUCCCUCUCCUCUGGCCUUCCCCCCCACCCACAGUCUGCUCUUAUCCGCACACGCUCUGACCCAUCCCAACUCCUCGGCUCGGAGACGGGUCGAGUAGCCGGUAGCCAUAUGUCUGGUUCAGGCGCAGGUUUCCAGACAGGCUCGGAGAGCAGGCCCGGGCUGAGCUACGGGAGCAGGUCUGCCUCGGUGUUGGUUCCAGGUCCGGUGCUGGGCGGCAUGAGCUUCGGUAGCCGGUCGGCUUCUGGUGCGGUACUUUCCAGGAAGCUGAGCCGGGCAUAUCGGCAGGACAAGGGAGGAAAAGCGGGCUCUGACCCUUGGACCCCCACCACUGCCGAUGGCUCUACCUCUUUCUUUCACUCGUUUGCUACUUCCUCCACCUCCACCACUCCCACUGCACUCACCCCUGCUGAUGGCACCACCCCCACCACCACCGCUGCCAACACUCCUGUUGAGGGGGUCACUCCUACCACGCCUGCCAGCAGCACCGCUUUCAACCGCGCUCAAAAGUCCCCCACCACCCCGGCUGCGUCUGAGAAGGACUCCCCAGCUGCCGUUGCUAUGAGCAGGCCUAUCAGCAGGGGGGAGGACAACCUGGUGAACCAGCGUGUGGCCACACACGCCCUCUCCAAGCAGGGCGCUCGCGUCGAGGUGGUGGGCAACGGGCAGCUCGCUCUCACCGCCAUGGAGGAGCGGGCGGCGUCGUUCGACCUCAUUCUCAUGGACAUUCAGGUGUGUUUUGUUUGUCGGCAUAGUUUUCGCUAUCGUCGGCAGCAGUGGAGUUAUUGA